UAGCAUGGUGGUUACAACAGGCAAGACAGCAGAGAGGAAUACAUUUCCUCAUUAGAAAGAAAUUGGACAGCCGCUAACAAACUGAGUAUUACUAUGGUACGAAAGAGCUGAACAGAUGAAGGCGGAUAGAGAUGCAGAGAAAGAGGGGAAGAUGGAGGCUGAGGGUUGACUGAUCCUGUAGUGAGUCACGGGGGAGUUUGAUCUGUCUGGCUGCGUUCUUAUGAUGCUGCUGACGGCUUCAAAACCAAAAAUCUGAGACGGCUUUCAUGGAGUCUAAAUGUCGCACAGAUCACAGACGAGGUCAACGGCUUUCACUGGUUUCACAACUCAUUUGGUUAUAUGUCAAGCUCCCUCUCUCCGGUGACCCAACUAAAUCACACAGUCUUCACGACGCUCUGCUCAUGCUGACUGAAAAUGGAUGAUACACAGGACGGGGUUCAGAUUGGAGAGAACAAGUUCAUCAGAAAGGCAACAGUCCUCUCCCAUCUAAAGACGUACAACCUCUACUACGAAGGACAAAAUCUACAGCUCAGACACAGAGAAGAAGAGGGGGAGCUGAUUGUUGAAGGCUUGCUGAAUAUCUUCUGGGGCCUGCGUCGACCAAUCAGGCUCCAGAUGCAGGAUGACCAUGAGCGAAUCAGACCGCCCCCCUCCUCUACGUCCUGGCACUCGGGUUGUAAUCUGGACAGUCAAGGUUCCCCCAACAGCACAGAUGGUCAACCGGUGACGGAGCAGAGCCCGCCCACUGUGGAGGUGACGCCGCCUGAGAGCCAACCAGAGGACAACGGUGUGAUGGAACAAGAGCCAGACGAGGACAGCGAGUGCUCCGCUCAGCUCCUGAGAACCAAGAGUGACGCCGGAGUCCUGAGGCGGGGCCAGCGACGGUCGCCGAGCGACCAGAGGAAAAUCCGACGCCAUCGCUUCUCCAUCAACGGACACUUCUACAACCACAAGACGGCAGUGUUUACUCCGGCGUUCGGCUCGGUGACUAAUGUUCGGAUCAACAGCUGCAUGAGGACGCCUCAGGUGCUGCGAGUCCUCCUCAACAAGUUUAAAAUUGAAAACAGCCCUGACGAUUUUGCACUCUACCUCGUCCACGCGAGUGGCGAGCGUGUGAAACUGAAGCGCAGCGACUACCCUCUGGUGCUGAGAGUGAUGCAGGGUCCGUGUGAGCAGGUCUGCAAAGUUUUCCUCAUGGAGGCCGAUCUGGGCGAAGAAGUCACGUAUGAUGUGGCGCAGUAUAUAAAGUUUGAGAUGCCUGUUCUGAAGAGUUUCAUCACCAAGCUGAAGGAGGAGGAGGACAGAGAGGUGCUGAAGCUCAGGAGAAGGUAUAACUACCUGCGUUGUAUAAUUGAGAAGCAGCUCGGUUGUCUUCCGGAGGGGGAGACGUGCAUGUGAUCUGCUCACGGUGAGUGAGGACUCGAGUUCCAGCAAAUCGAACUGUCAAAACCUUCCCCAGCGUUUCAACAUCCUCCACCCAGCUGUGACCACGAGAUCAGCUGAGAAGAACCCAACGUUCGUCUUCCAGUGAUCGUCCUGCCUCUGUAUGGAGCCGCUCGGUCAAUCAGCUGCCUGACAAAACUCUACCACACCAUGUUGUGUGCAUGUUAAGUGUGUGUCCAUCUCAGCAAUAGUCUCCUUGAGAGUCACGACGUCUCAUGUGGCCUCGUGAGGUGUCUUGAUUCGGACCGGAACCAGUCUUAUCACCCUCCGCUUUUCUUUGUCUUUGUCGUCGCACAAGGAAACGCAUUCCUCUUCUCCUGAGAAACGUUGCCGUGUUUUACAGCAAAGUCAUUUGCAGGAUGAGCCUAAAAUGUGACCCCCAGACUGCAAGCUGAGGCCCCGGAUCCGUUUCGAGCACAAACAUCUUAUUACAUGAUCUGAGCAAAGUGCCUGUUUAAAGGUUUCUUCAAGCACAAGGACAGGUUUUUGAUUAAAUAUUUUGAAGUCACUGUUGUCCGGAAAAUACAAGGGAACUUCUGGGGGUUUGUACGAGACAGUGUGGUUGAGCAAACAUCGGGACCAAACAGUUAUGGACAAUGUGAAAUCGACGUGACCACAAGCAAAAGAUCGUGGCCCCAAAACACCGUCCAGCCCGGUGUCGUACUGGGUUCUCUUUUGCUCCUUGUGGUUCAAGAAUGUGUUGAAAAUUGCGAAUGAAUGAAUUUCAUUGGCCCCUCUCCAUUUUAUUGCGGGUGAGAUCUUCACUGCAGGGAUUGUUAAAGGCUGUGUGAACAGAUGUAUGUUGUUACCGUCCGUCUGAUGGUAACACCAGUUGCCCCAGGCAUGAAUGUUUUAACUAUUUUUGGAUUAAAUAUAAAGGAAUAGUUUGGUAUUCUGGGAUUUUUUAUUUUAUUGCUCACACUUAGCCAAGCACCUCGAUACUGCUCUCAUCUCUGUACAGGAUGUAUGAGACCACCACCAGCCAAUCAGCUAGGGCUGAACAAUAUGCAAAAUAUGUUUUUUUUUAAAAAGAUGAUGUCUGGACUAAACAAGCAUGUUCCUGUAGGUCUGUGGACCGGGGGGCGUCUCUAUCGCUCCACAGGGCUUCAUUUUUAAUUGUACAUUGUGACACAUUUGACCUUUAUCAAAAAUUGGCAGAUCCUGUGAUUUGGAUAUGUCCCUUGGCCAUAUUGUAGUUUGGAUAACAUGUAAUCUGAGUUUGUCCAAAUGUUUAAAAAAAAAAAAAAAAAAAGGAUCCACCCACCAGCAUCUCUGAAACUCAGUGUUUAAUAAACGAUAUUUAUUGUUCUGUACCAAAAACCAAAGUGUAAAAAUGACACAUCGUUUUACAAUUGUAUUUUUACUUCUCGGUCAGAAUAUUGUAAAACUUCCUGAAACGUGGAGAUUUGUCUUUUUUUACACUUUGGUUUUUGUGUGGAUUAAACAAACACAAUAAACCUUUUAGAGUUAAUGCUGGUCGGUGGAUGUUGUUAAGCUACCUGGCUGCCCGCUGUCGCUUCAUAUUUACUUUACUAGACAUGAGAGUGCUGCCGAUCAUUUCAUCAAACUGUCUGCAAGUUUAUUUUUCCAUAAUGGCAAACUAUUCCUUUAAAGAAAAAACUAAAUCCCUCCUGAAAUGAUUUAACGCUUUUGGCCCUUUUUGUUUUCUAUACUCGUGUUACAGCCUUUUGUAAUUUGACAACAGUGAGAUUUCAAGCACAGUAAAAGACUACUUGAUACAUAUUUUUAAUAUUAUUUGCCACACAGUGAUUCCUGGUAGGUGUUGGACAUUAGCUUGGUCAUAACAAAAAAAGUAUUCACAGGUAGAUUUUUCUUUUUCUUUUACUUCCAACAAAGAAUGACAAACUCAAAAAAGCACAAAACGAGUGAAAUCCCUCAAGACUGUGAAUCUAACAGACGACCUUAAACAGAGAAUGUUUUAAAUGUACGAAUGAUCAUUUCGAAGCAGAACAUUUUACCUCCACGUGUACUGAGCUUUGCAAAUGUCUGCUUUUAUCUGUGCGCACACAAGUCUCGCCGUACAGUACACAGUGGAACACAUCGUCCAGAAUGUGUGUGAUAUAUUUUUAGUGACUCUCAAGACUUGCCUGCUUUUGUAUUGUGUCUUUUACAAAAUAAUGAAGAAACUUCAAUCUUUAAAAAAUGUUCAGAACUCAUGCCACUACUUAGGAAAUGUUGUUGGUUUUUUUUGUACAAUUGUUAUUUAAUAAUAAAACAAAAUCUGUCUUGAGAA